GCUGUCACAGCCCAUGCCCGAUAUACUCCUUCUGUGGGAUCUGAUCCACACUCUAUCGCGUUUUGCGCUGGCAUUCAUAAGUCCCGCAACCUAAGUUCGUCAGAUUGCUACGAGGACGACCCGCCGGCAGCUGAACCACUGUGGUCAAACCCAUUCUGCGUGACUGUGAUGGCUGGAAUCGGGUCAAAUCACCGCCGAGUUCGUAGCCUUGUCAACCGUCUGUGGCCGUGAGGACCCGCCCGGUGAGCCGUCCGGGAAGCCGACCGUUCAGGAUCUAUGGACCUCGUCGGCCUCAAGCCCCCUUAUGGGUCCGACUCGAUCAAAUGUUUACCUCCAGAACAAUGUUUCGCAUUGUGCCCUCAGACACAGUCCUAGUGGGUCGGUUAUCCUCAUCAGGCUCCGCCUAACAAUACUACAAAUAUGAUGGACAGACCGCAACCCCUCAUAGAGGGCAGUCUCAGUUUCUAGGAUCUUCGACCUUGCAAUGCCCGUCAUGGAUGGACGAGGAAAUUCCUCCUCUGAUAGCUCACAGCCUCCCGUUGGUGUGCACGAGCUUGUGACCGACGAGAAAGGGAGGAACAAUCAAGAUGACCCGGUCCAAGCCCAGGCUCAUGAACCGAAGUCGAGUCCUGCCCGUGGCGAAGAUUGGGCAUUGACUGAACAAGUCAAAGCACAGCAUCAACGGGACCUUGCUACCCUUGCAAAGGAGAGGAAGUUGGGGGUGACUUGGAGCAAUCUCACCGUCAAGGUAAUCAGCGCAGAAGCUAGCAUCCACGAAAACACCCUCUCGCAAUUCAAUCUACCCAAGAUUAUCAAAGAAUCGCGUCAGAAACCGCCGUUGAAGACUAUCCUACAUGGCUCUCAUGGCUGCGUCAAACCAGGGGAGAUGCUGCUGGUGCUGGGCCGCCCCGGGUCUGGGUGUACGACGCUGUUGAAGAUGCUGGCAAACAGACGAGGUGGAUACUUGUCCGUCGAAGGCGAUGUACGAUACGGCAGUAUGAGCCACGAGGAAGCAAAACAGUAUCGGGGACAGAUCGUCAUGAAUACAGAAGAGGAGCUCUUCUUCCCUACCUUGACUGUCGGCCAGACCAUCGACUUCGCCACACGGUUAAAGGUUCCCUUCCAUCUACCGGAGGGUGUCAACUCGAAAGAAGAAUAUCGACAACAAAUGAAAGAGUUUCUUCUUCAGUCAAUGUCUAUAUCUCACACGUGGGAUACCAAGGUUGGGAAUGAAUACGUUCGGGGUGUCUCGGGAGGAGAGCGAAAGCGUGUAUCAAUCAUCGAAUGUCUCGCCACCCGUGCCUCCGUUUUCUGCUGGGACAACAGCACAAGAGGUCUCGAUGCGAGUACUGCCCUAGAGUACACGAAGGCCAUUCGGGUCAUGACAGACGUUCUCGGCUUGACCUCCAUCGUUACACUGUACCAAGCAGGCAAUGCGAUCUACAACCUCUUUGACAAGGUUCUAGUACUGGAUGCUGGGAAACAGGUCUAUUAUGGACCCUUGGAGGAGGCAAGGCCCUUCAUGGAAGGCCUCGGGUUUUUGUGUGCUGAAGGGGCGAAUAUCGCCGACUUUCUCACGGGUGUCACAGUGCCCACAGAGAGGCAGAUUCGGCCAGGAUACGAGAACAGAUUCCCAAGGAAUGCUGAUGAACUCCUCCACUACUACGAGAAAUCUCACAUGUACGAAAGGAUGACAGCAGAAUACGAAUAUCCUAGUUCACCGGAAGCUGAAGAGAACACCAAAGCCUUUCAGGAGGCGGUGGCCUUUGAGAAGGACAAGCAACUCAAUCAGAACAGUCCAUUGACGACAGGAUUCCUCACUCAGAUCAAGGCGUGUGUGAUCCGUCAGUACCAAAUCAUCUGGGGUGACAAGGCCACAUUCAUCAUCAAACAAGCCUCCACCAUUGCCCAAGCGCUGAUUGCCGGCUCUCUAUUCUACAAUGCCCCCGACAACUCUGCAGGUCUCUUCAUCAAGGGUGGUGCACUCUUCUUCGGUCUGUUGUUUAAUUCUCUAUUGGCCAUGUCCGAAGUGACGGAUUCCUUCCUUGGCCGCCCUAUCCUGGCCAAGCACAAGUCAUUUGCCUUUUAUCAUCCUGCCGCUUUUUGUCUUGCGCAGAUUGCAGCAGAUAUUCCUCAAUUGAUCGUUCAAAUCUCCGCAUUUUCGGUGGUCCUGUAUUGGAUGGUCGGUUUGGGUGCUACGGCCGCCCAGUUCUUCACAUUCUGGGUAGUGGUCUUCGCUGCUACGAUGUGUAUGACCGCCUGUUUCCGUGCGAUUGGUGCGGCCUUCACGACUUUCGAUGCUGCGUCCAAGAUUUCUGGGCUCAUCAUCAUGGUCGUCAUCACGUACAUUGGUUACAUGAUUGCGAAACCGGAUAUGCAUCCCUGGUUUGUCUGGAUCUAUUGGAUCGAUCCCCUGGCCUACGCAUUUGAGGCAAUCAUGGGCACCGAAUUCCACAAUACCAUCAUCCCAUGUGUUGGGACGAAUUUGGUACCGAGCGGAGCCGGAUACACCGAUGCUCAAUACCAGUCCUGUGCUGGUGUCGGAGGUGCCGUGGUUGGUCAAACAUACGUCACGGGAGAUGCUUACCUAGCUUCUCUGUCCUACCACCAUUCACAUGUCUGGCGGAACUUCGGCAUCAUAUGGGCCUGGUGGGCACUGUUCGUGGCGAUAACUGUUGUCUUCACAACCAGGUGGAAGUCUGAUUCAGAAAGGGGAAGCAAACUACUGAUCCCACGAGAGAAUGUCCAUUUGACUCGUCAUCUCGUCGGGGACGUUGAGUCUCAGGCCCAGGAGAAACAAGUCAUAAGCUCCGACUCUUCACUCAAAGAACAACAGCCCACGGCCCAGACUGGUGGAGAUAAUCUGAUACAAAACAGUUCCGUUUUUACGUGGAAGAACCUGUCAUACACAGUCAAAACGCCUCACGGAGACCGACAGCUUCUUGACAAUGUCCAGGGUUGGGUCAAGCCAGGAAUGCUGGGUGCCCUGAUGGGCUCUUCAGGGGCUGGCAAGACAACACUAUUGGACGUCCUGGCUCAACGCAAGACGGAGGGCACCAUACACGGUUCGAUCUUGGUCGAUGGGAGACCUCUACCAGUCUCAUUCCAACGCUCCGCAGGGUACUGUGAACAACUGGACGUACACGAACCCUACGCCACGGUGCGGGAAGCAUUGGAAUUCUCAGCGCUACUCCGUCAAUCGAGACUAACGCCACGGGAGGAUAAGCUCAAAUACGUCGACACCAUCAUCGACCUGCUGGAGCUACAGGACAUUGAAAACACCAUGAUUGGGUUUCCCGGCGCAGGACUUUCCAUUGAGCAAAGAAAGCGAGUCACCAUUGGCGUGGAGCUCGUGGCCAAACCCAGCAUUCUGAUUUUCCUGGACGAGCCGACUUCCGGUCUAGACGGCCAGUCUGCAUACAACACGGUCAGAUUCCUCCGCAAGCUAGCCGACGUGGGACAAGCCGUAUUGGUGACGAUCCAUCAACCAUCGGCGCAGCUCUUCGCACAGUUCGACACACUACUUCUCCUAGCCAAGGGCGGCAAAACCGUCUAUUUCGGCGACAUUGGCGACAACGCAGCCACGGUCAAGGACUAUUUCGGACGAUACGGCGCUCCGUGCCCGCCACACGCGAAUCCCGCCGAACACAUGAUCGACGUCGUCUCAGGCCACUUAUCGCAAGGGCGAGACUGGGCUCAAGUCUGGCUCGAGUCAGCGGAACACGCGGCCGUGACGCAGGAGCUGGACAACAUUAUACGCGAGGCGGCGGCCAAACCUCCCGGGACACAGGAUGACGGGUACGAAUUCGCCAUGCCGUUAUGGUCACAGAUCAAGAUCGUGACGCACCGGCUGAACCUGGCCUUGUACCGCAACGUCGACUACACCAACAACAAGUUCGCGCUGCACAUUUCGUCGGCUCUGUUCAACGGGUUUUCAUUCUGGAUGAUCGGCUCUGGCGUGGGCGAGCUGCAGCUGAAGCUAUUCACCAUCUUCCAAUUCAUCUUCGUGGCACCCGGGGUCAUCAACCAGUUGCAGCCACUGUUCAUCGAGCGCCGCGACAUCUUCGAGACGCGCGAGAAGAAGGCCAAAAUGUACGACUGGAAGGCAUUUGUCACUGCCCUGAUUGUGUCCGAGUUGCCCUAUUUGGUCGUCUGUGCCGUCUUGUACUUUGUCUGCUGGUACUAUACUGUGGGGUUUCCCAACAACAGCUGGAGCGCCGGAAGUACUUUCUUCGUCAUGCUCUUCUACGAGUUUCUGUACACGGGCAUCGGCCAGUUCAUCGCCGCAUAUGCCCCCAACGCCGUCUUUGCCUCGCUGGUCAACCCGCUCAUCAUUGGCACUUUGGUUUCCUUCUGCGGUACUUUGGUGCCCUACGAACAAAUCCAGGCCUUCUGGCGGUACUGGAUGUACUGGCUUAACCCGUUCAAUUACUUGAUGGGCUCGUUGUUGGUUUUCGAUGUCUGGGACACCGAUGUCAAAUGUAAAGAGAGGGAAUUCGCCCGCUUCGACACUCCCGGCAAUAUGACUUGCCGCGAGUAUCUGGGUGACUAUCUGUCCAGUCCGAGGGGUCUGCUCGCCAAUCUGGUCAAUCCGGAUGACACAGGUGGAUGUCGCGUGUGCGAGUUCAAGACCGGCGCGGAUUAUCUGUACACUUUGAAUCUGAAACACAAGUAUGAUGGAUGGCGGGAUGCUGCGAUUGUUGUCAUUUUUGUUUUCAGUUCAUAUGCUCUCGUCUAUCUGUUGAUGAAGUUGAGGACGAAGCAGAGCAAGAAAGCCAUGGACUGAAUGGAAAGGGCAGCAAAUACAAGGUGCACAUGGGUUUGUACUAUUUGAUUAGAGAACUUCUCUACUUCUUCAGGCAUUAUUGGCUAGAACGUCAGCGGCGUGAGGGUUACAGUGUCGGUAUGCCAGAGCCAUGGUCUGAGGGAUCGAAUUAAUACAUUGGAUGGGGGCGGCUAGAAACUGGCGCAAUUGCAAGGACUAUUCAUUAGACAGGUUUAUCAGGUAGAAGAUAGAUGGAUGAUACAUAUAGGUACGCUCUCUACGAACUAGGAAGGGGAGACAGUGACGGCAGAUUUACAUGUCGAGAUGCAAAUAUACUACCUAAUAGUAUGUUAGUUAUUACAUCCC